UGUACCAUGACGCAUUACGUCCCGCCGAACGCAAAUAUAACCUAAAACCAUUGAUAAUCCCGCUUAGAACUCUCGUUUUUAGUGGACGGUGGUCUCCGCGAACAGCUAACUGUGCGUAGGACCCAUGUGCUACUACGAUUGUGUUAUGUAUAAGCGGCGUUUGUGAUUGAGUCGGAUGGCAGUGUCACGAUAUAGGGCGCUGAAGAUGAAGAUCUGCACGUACUUGCUGCUCAGUUUCUUGGCAGUGCGAGCAUCGCCUGAGCCGCGGCGGGUGCCCCUGCUGCAAGAGCCGCCACGCCACGUGGAGUUCACCAACAACACAGGCGCCACGCUCUCGUGUUCCACUAGGGGGGACUAUCAGCUGGACUGGCUCCUCAUAGACAACACGCCGGCCACACCGCUCGCGGGACUGCGGCACGUGCUCGCCAAUGGCUCGCUCGUGUUCCCGCCGUUCCCCGCAUCCCGGUAUCGGCGGGACGUGCACGCCGCAUCGUAUCGGUGUCGGCUACGGGUCGGGGAGAGCGCGGUACUGUCGAGGACCAUACACGUGCACGCAGUGCUAAGCACACCGUGGGAAGUCCGCGUACCAGACGAGUACGUGAUGGCUGGCAACGCCGCAGUGCUACGGUGUAUCGUCCCCCCGCACUGCGCGGACCGAGUCAGUGCCACCGACUGGCUCGGCGAGGACGGACUCAGUGUCUUCCAAUACCUAGAGCCCCGCUACCAGAGGUUAGACGACGGCUCGCUGUACAUAAGCGCGGUGCGAGCCGGCAGCCGGGACGCGUUCCGGUGCCGCGUCCGAGACCGGCUCACCGGGACCACCUACACCAGCCAGUAUUUCGGUCACGUAAUAGUGACGGAGCCCAAAGGCUUCGUGAGGCCUCGCGUGGGCCCGGAGCCUCGCAACAGGCGAGUGCUAGCCGGACAGGAUGUGCGGCUGCCGUGCGCCGCGCACGCCUGGCCAGUACCUACUUACAGGUGGUUUCGCGAGCACCGCGAGCAGCUAACGCCGAUCGAGCAGACGUCGCUGUGGGGCCGCGCACACCUGCAAGGCGGACUGCUGACCGUCCGCAACGUCCGGCGUGAGGACGCCGGUCGACUCGUGUGUUGGCUUAACAACACAGCCGGCGGCGAGUCCGUGCACUUCUCUCUGGCUGUCACAGAACCUAUCUCCGUCCGAAUAAAGCCAGAAGCAUUGCGGGCAAAAAUCAACUCGGAUAUCAUUUUCGAAUGCAAAGUAUCUGGGCAUCCAAUCGAGAAGCAAUACUGGGUGCACAACGCGAAAACGGUUAAGCCUAAUGAGAGAGUUCGGCUGUCUGACGACGGUCUUAGGAUACAUAUCAAGGGUACGCAGAAGGAAGACCAGGGCGUCUACCAGUGCUUCGCUUCUAACAGCAGAGACCAAGCGUAUGGCGUGGCGGAGUAUUUAAUAGACGUGUCCGAGCGACCGCGGGCCACCGCCAACCGCUCGCGGCGGGCGCCCUACGCCCGCAGCGCGCAGUCCCACGAUGUCGACUGGAACUUCACUGGCACACGAGAAUCGAAGCCGGAGUUGGUGUACUGGUUUUCCGAGCAGACGCUCCAGCCGGGGCCCAGCGUGUCGCUCAAGUGCGUAGCUAUGGGCCACCCCCCUCCUCAGUUCACGUGGUUGCUGGACGGUUUCCCUAUACCUACCAACUCUAGAUUCGUGGUCGGUCAGCACGUAACGCUCCAAGACGACGUCGUCAGCCAUCUUAACGUGAGCCGCGUGACAGAACAAGAUGGCGGCGAGUACGCGUGCGUGGCCACCAACUCCGCGGGCAAGCUGCACGCGGCCAGAGUCAACGUGUAUGGGCUGCCGUUCAUCCGCGAGAUGCCCAAGGUCACUGCCGUGGCUGGAAGCGACCUCGUCAUCAAGUGCCCCGUCGCUGGGUACCCUAUCGAGUCUGUUACUUGGGAAAGGGAUGGUCAAACGCUCCCGCUGAACCGACGUCAGCGAGUGUUCCCAAACGGAACGCUCAUCGUCGAGCAGACGCAACGAGGCGAAGACGCCGGCACGUACACAUGCCAAGCGGCGAACAGACAGCGCCACGCUGCCCGUCGAGAAGUUGAAGUGCAAAUUCUAGUUCAACCAAAGAUCUUGCCUAUUCAGCCGCUAACGAACUUGCUGAGGGAAGGCAUGAGAGCAGCGAUCUCUUGCCAGAUCUUGGAGGGAGAUUUGCCAAUCGCCUUUCGCUGGGAGAAGAACGGGCAGCCCGUGACGUCAUCUCCGUAUGCUCCGAGUGGGAUUAUCACGAGAAGAAUGGACGAGUACAGCGCGUCUUUGGUCAUCGAGCAUAUUACUUCGCUGCAUAGUGGAAACUAUACAUGUAUCGCGUCGAAUGUUGCUGGUUCUGAACGAUUUACAGUUCCUCUGACUGUCAAUGUGCCUCCACGGUGGAGAUUGGAGCCCAAUGACGUUGCAGUGGCUGCGGGUCAGGACGUGACUCUGCAAUGCCAAGCUGAAGGGUACCCAAAACCAACAAUAACAUGGAAGAAAGCCGUUGGAAACACUCCGGGCGAAUACAAGGACUUCAUGUUCGAGGGUAGCUCCAGGGUGCUGGAGAACGGGUCGCUUGUGUUCGAGCGAGUGGCCAAGGACAGCGAGGGCCACUACUUGUGCGAGGCGAGGAACGACAUCGGCGCGGGCCUGAGCAAGCUCGUGUUCCUUAAGGUUAAUGCUCCUGCUCGUUUUCCGAUGAAGAGCAAGACAGUGCAAGUGACAGCGGGAGAAGCAGCACACUUGCAGUGUGCUGCGUCUGGGGACGCACCGCUUGAAGUGAGCUGGCGGAGUCCUCAUCACCACACCAUCGCGCAUCACUUGGAUCAGAGAUAUACAAUCCGCGAGCAAGUUCUGGACGAUGGCCUAGUUUCGGAGCUCAGUAUUCUGCAGACGUACCGACAGGACACGGGGGCACUCACUUGCAGGGCGUCUAACGCUUACGGGCAGGAUGAGAUGCUCAUACAUCUUGUGAUACAAGAGGUGCCUGAAAUGCCAAAAAACAUAAGAAUAAUAGACCAGCAGUCCCGAUCUAUCCAGAUAUCUUGGACACAACCAUACGCAGGAAACAGUCCUAUAAUAAACUAUAUAGUCCAAUAUAAGGAAGCACCAGAACCAUGGCCAACGACUCCUCAAAAAGUAAUCGUCCCGGGCAGCGUGACGUCAGCUAAUGUGCAAAACCUACAGCCAGCCACAUCAUACCACCUUCGCAUCAUCGCCGAAAACAGACUCGGGCAAAGCGAACCUAGCCAACUGGUGCAAGUUACCACGACUGAGGAAGUACCAAGUGGUCCACCGUUAGACGUACGAGUAGAAGCCAAAAGCUCCACCGAGCUGAUUGUGAGCUGGGAGCCUCCACAGAGAGACCUGUGGAACGGAAACAUCUUGGGGUACUACGUGGGGUUUCAAGAGUUAAACAGCAACAGCACAGUCCUAAGCGCCAGCGGGCCAGGCGGUGCCUCCUACACCGUCCGCACCGUGGAAGGCGCCGGCACAGCCCGCGCAAGAACCACACUGUCGGGCCUUCAGAAACAUGCGGCGUAUGCUGUCGUUGUGCAAGCGUAUAAUAGUAGGGGUGCUGGGCCCGCGUCCCCGCCUACUACGGCUACGACUAUGGAAGAUGUGCCCAGCCUACCACCAGGAUCGCUGCAGUGCACAGCGUUAAGCUCGCAAUCAGUACGCGUAGCUUGGGAACCUCCACCCACUCGCGGUCGGAACGGCGUGCUGCAGGGUUACCGAGUCACAUACGCACCAGUUACUGAUUGGUAUGGAAACGAAGAUGCCGUAACGAAGCAGAUAUCAGGUCUACACACCACUCUGUCAGGGUUGCGUCGGUACACGAACUACUCUGUCACUGUGUGCGCAUUCACCGCGGCUGGAGACGGGGUCAGGGCUGCUCCCGUUUAUUGUCACACUGAGGAAGAUGUACCCUCAGCUCCUGCGGACAUCAAAGCAGUGGUGUCUUCGCGCAAUAAAAUCCUUGUAUCAUGGCUGCCUCCCGCUUCCCCUAACGGUGUGCUAGUGGGAUAUACGCUGUAUAUGAGCGUCAUUGAAGACGGGAGAGAGGAGGGUACUCACAAACGUAUGUUGUCGCCAAGCACACUGUCUCAUGAAACAUCACGAUCACCUCCACGGGCAACGCAUCAGUUCUGGGUUUCGGCGUCCACGAGGCUUGGUGAAGGCGAAGCCACUAGAGUUGCCACUGUCUUGCCGUCUGAUUCCGUACCAGCAAGAAUAACCUCAUUUAGUCGAAGCAUAGUAACACCAUGGAAGGAGAACAUAUCGCUAUCGUGCAAUAAAGUUGGGUCCCCGAAUCCUUCUACGACUUGGAGCAUGAAUGGUGCCUCACUCGAAUCAACGUUGAGAAAAAAUGUUACCGCUGAUGGCACGCUCAUUAUCAGCAUGAGUCAAUACGCUGACAGCGGCAACUACACCUGUGCCGUAGAAACUCACGGCCGGGACGAGGUGACGUACAGUGUGGAAGUGAAGGUGCCACCGCAGCCACCUGUGCUGGCCGUCGUUGACUCUUAUGCUGACUCACUGCAUCUGCAAUGGAGUGACCAGGGCGACGGAGGAAGCCCUAUACUGGGGUACGUCAUCAACUACAAACGCGAACACGGAGACUGGGAAGAGUUACAAGUGGAGGCUGGAACAUCAGAGCACGUGCUGCCAAACCUUUGGUGCGGAACUCGGUAUCAGUUGUACAUCACGGCCUUUAACCGGAUCGGGACGGGGCUGCCUUGCGAUAUCGUUCACGCCUUCACUAAAGGAACCGUGCCAGUAAAGCCGAAACACUCGCAAAUGAUAACGCUCAACACAACCACUGUAACGGUGUGGUUAGACUCCUGGGGCGACGGCGGAUGUGGCAUCCUAUACUUCGUUAUUGAAUACCGAGAAGUUAGCCAAUCACAAUGGCGAUUAGUGUCCAACAGCGUCCAAGCAACCGAGCGAGUGUUCAGCGUGCCCGGUCUAACACCAGCAACGCAAUAUCAGUUGCGGAUAACAGCUCAUAAUAAUGCGGGGCAUGCAGUGGCUUUAUAUAAUUUCACUACGCAUUCCAUUAGUGGCAUAAUAGACGGGGAACUGUCACCGCCGGUGCCGGCAGCAGGCGCUCGCUCUCUAGGAGGAGCGCGCGUUAUCCUUCCCGCGGCUUUGUCGCUGCUCGUUCUUGGUGCCCUCGUAGCCAUCGUGCUACUAGUGAGGAGAAACAAAGCGGGCGGCACAGAGACGGCGGCGACUGAAAGCGCGGCGGGCGAGUCGCCGUCGGUAGCACAACUGCAGAACAAGGUCAACCGCGACCAGCAGUACCUCGCUGCGCGCGCGCAACACCCCGCACCGCCGCAUCACUACAAGCACGCCUCCAACGAAUACAUCGAAGACAUCUGUCCAUACGCAACAUUCCAAUUAACGAAACCAACGUACAGCGAAAGCAGCUACAGUGGAAACGUGUACAGCGGCCCGUACCACUCGGUACGAGGCUCCUUCGUCUAUCACGACCUCAAACAGAAUGAUAAAUAUAAGGGCAAGGAGCCAGAAUACACGAAAGUGAGAAGAAAAGGAAAUCGCCUCCGCGAUCCUCAUUCCGAGAGCCAAGAGUCGGACAACUUGGGCUCCACGGACUCGGAGGUGAAGAAGAUACUAACGCUCCACCUGCCCAUUACAGAGUACGAGGACGACGCGAGCGACGACGCGAGCGCGCCGCACUCGGACAGCGAGCCAGCGCGCCUGCGCCCUGCGCACCCCAACUCAUACCCAAGCGUGGAGCGCGAAGAAUCCUCUUCCUCAUCUGAGAACUCAGUAGGGGGGGUCGUGAGAAAAGCGUUUCCCUCGCGCAAGGGCAAAGCCGGCGCAAUGGGCAAGAGACACGUGAGAAGUUCCAGUGGUUACAGCAGCCACAACGAUGAAACGACGUUCAGCAUAUCCAACUACCCCUCGUUCAACGACCACAUCCACCCCCCGUCGCGGUUCUCAGACGAGGCGGACGAGCCCCGGCGCAAACGCGACAAGAUGCCGCGCGAGGCGUUUCAGAUUAACGUGUAAUAACUGGAAUGCAGGGAAGAUUGGCUGAGCAGUCCUUCAGGCGAUAUAGCCGCGGCGCGGAGCGCUUUGGAAACAUCUACCAGUAGAACUACAGGCCUACAACUUUAUAACCAC